AUGGCAGGCAGGCUCCGGCACAUUCCGGCACCCUUGACCCGGCUAAAGGCAAGAAUAUGCCAGAGUUUGGUAAACGGCUCCGGGUUUCCGUCCCCAAAGGCUGGGAAGGAAUCCACCGCGCCAUCCACGGGCCCUACCCCUGGGGCAGACCCUCCACUUCUUGUUGGGCAAACGUCCUGCGGAAAGGAACAAGGUGGAAACGAUACAGCUGAUGACGCGAUGUCUAGGCAAGAAGAUCAACCCGGGGUGAUUUGUGACAUCUCUACCAAGGAAGAAGGUCAGAAUCAUGUUGCGGUGGCGACUGGAGACCGCACCGAGACUCGCACAAGUCUGUCCAACAAAUGUUCUCACGACCAAUCAUCACAUGAAUCUGAUGAACAUGUGAAUGAAAUAAAUCAUCAGCAAAAAUUUUGGACCGACUCGCCAUCCGACCAUCUCUUCGAACUGAGCGAGGGGCUUUGGAAUGAAGCCUAUCAUAGCCUCAAAAUUGAUGAGCCCCAACUAGUCUCUCUCUACGAGGAGAUUAUGCACCAGUGCUGGACGCCGAAUUCCCCGAAGAGUUCGAUUGCGAGCCGUCCACAUAGCGAAGAGGCCGUUGAUAACAUAUUAGAAGACAACAGUAAGCCACUCUGGGCAGAGCAGGCAAAAUUCCUGGAGGUUUGGAUGGCCGAAAAAGACGACCCAGGAAGACAAUGUGAUAAACUCUUCAACGCUAAGCAGAUGAUUAUCUUAUUUAAAGAUAUUGUUCGGCCAUCGGCCUUGAGCAUGACCGGGGCUGCUGUACCGUGGGUUGCUGCAUGCCUUGCCGCAAAGAGCCUAUUUCGUCAUGGUGUAUUAUCUGGCCCAGUUGCUCUUGGCUUCAUUGAACUCCUCUCGAAAAUCAAUGGCCUCCGGAGGCUGUCACUUCUUUUACCAGGCGAGACGACAAACACCUCGAAUACAACGAAAAGUGGACAGAAUCGUGCAAGGGAUGCAUUAGUAUCUCUUUAUGCGGCAUUGCUGUUGUACAUUGUCCGUAUUGCAUGUUCGACUACGGACAGGAGCAUGAUUGUCGAACCUGGAGCGAUCGACCAGCUUUCCGAUCGCACCCGACAAAUGGAGGGUGCAUUCACUGCUAGUUUCGACAACAAGAUUGGGAAUGAGCUUCGCGAUUUGUUUUCUGAGGCCGAACAUGCCAAACAUGCCGAACAUCCAUCAACUCCAUUUGGCGGGGGUGAGAAUGACAAUGACAAACUACCUUCCAACCUUGUCCUGAGCUUCGAGGAUGCAGAAGAGAUGCUGCAAAAGGCAUGCCACGAUGAGAAACUACCAGAACACUUGCUCAAAUGGAUUCUCUCGACGCAAGAGUAUUGCAAGUUCUACAGAACGGAGAACACAGAUGAAAACCGGGUUCUUUGUGUUUCGGGGUCACCAGGUGCUGGCAAGUCAAUGGUCCUUCUGAGGAUUGCCCAACAUUUGACGCGGCUCCAGGAUCCUAGCAGCAAUGAUGAGAAAGUUGCAUGUUUUUUCGGAAACAAAUCUAGUUUUGUCCUAGAAACCCCAGCAGCAAUUGUGCACAGUCUCAUCCGACAGAUAAUUCGACAUCGACCACCUCUAUUCCACCACCUUAAAAAAGUGUACAAGUUAACUGGGAGGCAAGUCCUCGACCGGACAACAGACGCAUUCGCAGUCUUCGGGGUUCUGUUCAGAAUUCUCGAAGACCCAGACUGUCCAGAAUUUUGUUUCAUUGUCGACGCGAUUGACGAGUGCUGCUCUGACGAAGAUGAUGUCGAAGGGCUAGACAAUCUCCUCAGGUUGAUUUGCGCGACCAUACGGCGAUGUCCCAAAGUCCGAUGGGUAAUCUCUAUGAAUCCUGCCAUUGAGAAGCGCGUGUCUUUGGGCGAGUCAAUUGUCCUUGACCUCGAUUCCAAAAACAUGGCUGCGAUUUUUAAACAGAGUGUUGGCUCCAAAGUCGCAGCUAUGGUCGGUGACAUUCGCCUGCCCGACGACAAAAAAGCACUUCUCCAGGACCAUCUCGCUGAGAAGUCGCAAGGGAAUUCGUUGUGGGUGAACACGGCUUGUAAAAUCAUGCAACACCACCCAUUUUUGUGGGAUAUCAUGGAUGUGCUUGAGGAACUACCAAAUGAUCUGGAAGGAUUGUACAACUAUUCCAUGGCGACAAUUAGAAAACUUCCUCCUGGGACUUUCGAAUUUUGUAGGCAAAUCCUUCAAAUCGGGGCCGCGGCAUACCGGCCUCUAUAUCUCUGGGAACUGCACGCCUUGGCAGAACUGCCCGCUGUUGUGGAUGUCAAGUUCAUCAUUGCCAAAGGGUGUUUUGCAUUCCUGGAAUUACGUGAUGAUAUAGUACGGUUUGUCCACUCCUCGGCCAGGAAUUAUGCCCGGAAGACUCUGAUUCAGGGGUCAAAGGCGCGCGGAGAAUUUGUACUGCGGUGCCUCCAAUUUCUCCCGAACCAUUUCAGAACGGCUGUAGCCGCAGAGUCUCAAACGGAGCAGGAGGAAUACAUCCACCUUCUGUGCCAUUACGCUGAAUGGUAUUGGAUGAGGCAUCUGUCUGCAUUGAUCAGUCGAGAUGCCAACGAGGUGCCGUGGGAAGAGCUUGCUGCCUUUCUCCAACAGCACCUCCUAGCAUGGAUAGAUAGACUGGUACUGGCUCAAGGUCUGGCCGUGGUCAUGGCUCAGAUAAAUAAUCUUGUACUUGUCCACAAGAAAUUCCUGGACCAAGAUGCUGCCACCCAAAGUCCACGCGUCGAGUUUUGUCUUUUACUUCUCCAACGUGCAACACUUUUCCUCCGAUUUCAUCAAUCCACAAACAGUCCCCCCGGAGUAUCUGCUAGCAACAGCCUCAUCUUUUAUCUCGACCAGCUUUAUUCCAUCGAGGAAAUGCUCGGCGGCAAGGCACCGUGGCUAGCUUCUCCGCCGAUAGGUCGAGUUAUGAGGCCCGUCCCCUACCUGGCCCUGGAAGGUCACCGGGACUGGGUCUGGGCAUGCACCUAUUCUGGAGAUGGACGAUAUGUAGCCACCUGCUCCGACGACAAAACAGUUCGCAUCUGGGACAGCCAUACUGGUGAAUUCCAAGUCCUCCUCGACAGAUUCGAUAAAUGGGUAAACCGGCUAACAUUUUCCCCCAGCGGCCUGCUGGCAACAUCAGACGACUCAGCCAUUAAGAUCUGGGAUUACAGGCUAUCUGUUUUAGAGAAGACUUUGGACGGAAAUAAUAUGUUCCCUGGGGACGGAUUCGAAAUCAGCCAUGUUACAUUUUCCCCCAAAGGCGACCAACUGGCAGCAGCCAUAUGGACGACUGUUUUCAUCUGGGACACUCAGACGUAUGAAGCAAAGAAAUGGGAGCGCCAGACAUGUAUAAGGCGGUUGAAAUUCUCCGCAGAUGGGCGCCUACUCGCAAUAGCCUCAUCAAAUGACAUUACUAUCGUUCUAGUGGAAGACGGCAGAAGUGAAUGGUCGAGGCCUCUGGAAAACAACAAAGAGAAGAUCAAUGGAAUCUGUUUCUCUCCAGACUCCAAGUCCAUGGCAUCCUGCUCCACCGACGGCAUUGUCAAAGUAUGGGAUAUUACGUCCGGUGCCCCUCCGCACACUAUUCGCUUUGGGUUGGACACCAUUGCGAUCGAGGCCUGGAACAUCCAAGGAACGGAGUACGAUAUACAACAGAAAAUCUUGUCUUGCCAAUCUAGACCAGUCUUGUCGCUGUCUUAUUCACCCACAGAACAGUUCCUGGCGUCGUCUUCCACAGCCACAGGUGAAGUUGCUCGCAUUUGGGACCUGGAGAAUGCGUCGUUACCUAUCCUCAAUGUCUCCGAGAGAGCCGGUGAUGUGGUCCCACAUGCCAAGCAUAAGGAGAGUGUUUGCUUCGUGACAAUUUCCGUGAGUGGUCAACUCAUAGCUUCUGCUUCCUCAGAUGGGCAAAUACACAUUUGGAAUGGGUGUACUGGCAGGCACAAGAAACCCUUGGACCUAAGUGAAGAACACAAGUCUAUCAUGUGGCUUGCUUUUUCAGCGGAUGACUCAAUGCUAGUUGCAACUUCCAUGGAAGGGGGUAUUCUGGUUUGGCAUCUAGAAGCCUCGACGCAACCACGUUGGUGUCAUGCCCAUGAAGACUGGGUCCGGUCUGCCGUGUUCUCGCCUGACAGCAAGCUCCUGGCAUCAGUAGCAGAUGACGGCAAUGUCAAGGUGUGGAAGCUUGGCCCAGAAUCCCAAAGAAGUCUUGAAGAACAACAACCCAAAAUACUUAAAGGUCACGCUUCGAUGGUUAUUUGCGCUGCCUUCUCAGCUGACGGAAAACUCCUCGCGUCCGGCGGCGGUGACUGCGUUCGAAUCUGGGACUUGACAUCAGUGACUCACCAGAAUGGUCAAGGCGCCACAGAGCUGUCUCAAUUUGAAGAGCAUGAAGAAACAGUGACUGCCGUCGCCUUUUUUCCAGAUGGAGAGUUCCUUGUGUCGUCCUCGCGUAGCGACGUAGCAUUAAGAAUGACUGUGGAUGUAUCGAAAUAUAUUCACACCAAUAUAGGUGUUUUCGAGGUUGGCGGCAUUCCCGGAAAGAGUCUACGCCACCCAGACCCGCGUUGGUAUAACCGCAGAUCCAGGGAGGGGGACCUCUUUUCGUUGCCAUCCUGGUCAUCAUGGGGCUUAAGCUCCUCGCAGGACUGGAUCCAGUGGAAAGGUGAAAAUCGCAUCUUUAUUCCCAGAGAAUACCGUACCACUGAAGGGAAUACGAAGGAUGGAUAUUUGUAA